GCCACAGCCCCAGCCCCAGCCCCAGCUACCAGCCACUUCUGCACCCAUUUCAACUUUCUUCCAUACAAUAAGAACUUUCAUCCACACGACGACAUACGACCUCCCAUCAAUCACGCUGCAUCUACACAGUAGACGACGACUUGGUCUUGCCUCCUAGAUCCAUACCAUACUGUCCCAUCCCAUCCCAUCCCAUCCCAUCCCAUCCCGUCCCGUCCCAUCCUUCACAUCUUAUCACAGACACCACCCUCGCGUUCUCCAUCAAAACCAUCAUAUAUUGGCCGGCCAUUCUCCACUCUUUCGCCUUCACAUCCCUUUUCACAUCACAGAAUUUGCAUGGAAACGGCCCAGUCACUGCCAGUGCACACUCGAUACACCGCACAACGAAGCAUCAGAUCUCUCGCUGCCCUGACCGUUUACCGAAUGCGCUGAAAUCCAAGAACAUUCGAAACAGCAGAGAAUGCACCAGCCAGUAACAAAGAUUCGUCCUACAAAGCAUUGUUUAAGAAUUUUAAUCUUGUAGAUCGUAGCAAGUAUUAAAAACAAAAAAGAUCCCGUCCCAGAGGAUUGAGUGACACAUAUUACCAGUACACAGACACACAUAUACACGUACAUGUUCUGUUUAUGUAUAUAUAUACUUUCAGCCCUGUUCUAUCUGGCUACAUUGGGAAUCUUUCUAGAAUUUCCAAGAGAUGGGUGGGUGAAUGAAUGAAUUCUAUGUACUCGCUCGCCCGCUCACUCUGUAUGUAUUUGUAACCUUGGAUUUUCUUUCGGAUAAAUGCUAAAUAACUUGUUACAAACGGAACGGAGUCUUUUUCAUUUGUACAUCUUGACCACCGAUUUAUAGAUAUUUAUUUAUUCGUUUAUUCAUUUAUUCAUUUAUCUGGGUGAAUAACCUCAUUUCUUUCCAUAUCCGAAUCACCUAGGCACAUCGAUUGAAUCACGUUUUUUUUACAACAAUAUAUCACAAAUUUAUAUCAUUUAUAUCCUCUAUAUCCUCUACAUCCUCUACAUCCUCUACACCAUCUCUUCCACCACACACACCUCAUCGUCAGGUGUAUCUAUCUCAUGGCUAUCAUAAACACCAAACAAAUCAUGAUGAAAGAUCCUCUUUCCCCUCAUUCCUCACAUUUCGAUUUUGGCACUCCUCCUCCUUCACCACCACCAUCAACCACCACCUCGAAAUCUCCAUGUCUUCCCCUAUUCACAUCGAAACUAAAGACAAAUUCAACGGUAACGUCUACAUCCGAUAAAUAUUCGACUUCGAAACCAUGGUAUCAUACCACCAUUGGAAAACGUCUAGGGCCUGAAGCACGUGAGUUGUUGGAGAAUUAUAGUCAUAUACCUCCCGAGGAAGUAGAUGCGCAUGUUUAUAAAAUGCGUGAUCUCCUCUGGAAUCAAACCCCCUACCCUUCCAUCGGCAAUUUUUCCUUCCUGACCCUGCGUCUACUGACCCACCCACUCUAUCCCCGCAUCGUUGAGAUUCUCUCCACACCAUCUACACCUUCUAAUCCACCGGCGCUUUUUCUUGAUCUCGGUUGUUGCGUUGCUCAGGAACUUCGUUCUCUUGCUCACCAUGCCCGUAUACCUCCCUCCCAACUCUACGGCACAGACUACAACGCCUCCUUCUUGAAAUCUUCCUACAAAAUAUUUCUUGAUGGCUCUCCCACCAAAUCUCAAUCGUCUUCUCAAUCCUUCACUCUUCUCCCAGCCAACAUCCUCGAUCCCAAUUUCUUUACUCUCACUUUCAGAAACCACAUCCAUUCCUUCUCCAUCAUCCACGCCUCUCUCUUCAUGCAUCUCUUUACCUGGGACCAACAACUCCUCGUUUGCGCUAAUAUAGUCAAACUUCUCAAAAACACCGAAGGCGCCCUUUUUGUUGGGUGUAUGGUGGGGAAACGAGGAGGUGGAAUAGGGGAGCAGGGGAGAUGGCUUCAUGAUGCGGAUUCAUGGGUUAGAUUGUGGGGGGAGGUUUGGGAGAAAGUAGGCAUGACGGGGAGUUGGAAGGUUCAAGGAGAAUUAAGAGAUUUGCCGGGUGAUCUAGGGAAGGAGGGAGAGAACGAGGAGGAGUGGGAAGAACGCAUGGUGGGGAAGGAGGGUGUGGGAGUCGGGCUUUUUGAAUUCUCGGUCGAGAGGACGGGGAUGGGGAGUAGGGAGUCGAGGUUGAGGAGUACUUAAUGGAUAUAUAUAAGGAUGGAUGUAUGUAUGAAAUUAUUUAUAUGGGCUGGGCAUGGAAGGGAUAAUCCAACUUUAAUAUUGAUCCUCAUAUGUAGAUAUAUGGGGAUGAUGGGUAUGGAUGGAUGCACGAAAUAGUGUAAAUAGGAUAAUUAAUUUUCUCACGAAUACAAAAAGAUACAAAUUCAAACAUAUAAAUAUAAACA